AGGUCCGAGUCCGAGCAGCAACAGUUGCAGCCUGCGAGCGCUCCUGCCACCCAGCUGUCAAAUUUCUGCGUCCUACGUUUGUUCUCGUCCUCGUCCUUGCAUCCUCCUUCGUUCUUAUUCUAAUUCUCUUUCUCUCUUUCCUUCUCACUUGGCGUAAUAAUCAGCUAUAUAAAGACUAUUUUUGAUCGGAGAACCCCCAGCCUUCCAAACGCGGUAUAGCGUCCCCCAGCUCGCUUGCAACUCUCCUUGGUUUGUCCCCUCCAGCCCACCCUUGUCUUCCAUCCGGACGGCAUCUAAUUCUGCUGCUGCUUGCGUAUUUCCGCCUUCCACAGCAGCCAGAAACAUCUUUAGCAUGUCGACUAAACCUAAUGCGAUUAUCUUCGGAGGAUUGAAUACUUGCUCCCGCGCCCUCGCGGCCUUCUUGGUUCCCUUGGAGGGGGAGCCGCUCGUAGCAAACCUCCGAAUUGUGGACAAGUACACAGUACAGCCUCCGACCACUUACCUCGGUUCCGAGUUCCCAAGGAUACUGGAGAAGCCUAACGUCGAGUACCGUCAAGUCAACUUGUGCCUACCUGAGGCGGUUCCAGCAUGUUUCGAUCCUGCCGAAGGCCAAGAGCCCUAUUCCUAUGUAUUUGAUUUAACGGGUGACAUCAACUGGGAACGAAAUCAUCAGAUUCAAAUAGCGAAUACGUUCAAUGUGGCUCGGCACGUUGGUCUUGAGGCUGCUCGUCGUAGAGUUAAGGCAUAUGUUCGCCUCCAACACCCUUUCUAUGAGUGCAAGGAGAAGGGACCCGCUGAUGAAAAGGAGGACAUAAAGCCUGAUGGUACUAUAGGUACUUGGUGGCAUGAGACGCUGAGGAUGCUUGCUUCAAUCGAGGAUCUUAACCUCGUGAUUCUCCGUACGGCUAUGGUGUACGGGCCAUAUGUGGAUGGUGGAAACAUAAUUCGUUUGAUUGCUGUGGCAGCAACAUAUGGAUAUCUUCACAAACCUAUGAAGGGACUUUGGUCUCCUGGAAAAUAUCCGUCACACACUGUCCACAUCGAGGAUAUAGCUGGUGCUAUGUUCGCAGUAGCGAACUGGAUCGCCGGUAUCGGUCGCAAGGAAGCUGAUUCUGUCGCUGGCGAGGAGAUUGUUUUCCACAAUGACAAGGCACAACUGGAGGCGGUCGAGGGCGCUGCUCCGCCAGAGAAACGCUGUGUUGCUCCAUUGUUCAACCUUGAAGAUGACUCGAAUGUGACGAUGGUGGAACUCUGCAACAUUAUCACAUCCUACUUCGGAACAACUUUUGAAUUUGUCGGUUUCGUAAAAGACACCUUCGCCAAGUUUAAACUCGAAGACGUUGUCGAGGAUAUCAAUGGAGAACACGUUGCCACCUGGACCGAAAUGAUCAUGAAGUCAGACCCGCCUGUCACCAAUCUAACGUAUACCGCGUACAUGGACCUCUUCCACCUCAAGAAGCACAGUACUGCCUUCACUGCAGACAAGAUAAAGAGAGUUGUUGGUUACAAGCUUCGCCGGCCGCAAAUCAACCAUGAGACCAUCAAGGAGAUCAUUGACGGACUAAAAGCGGAGGGAACUUGGCCGAAUGUUUAAGGUUUUUAAUAUUCCAUCCCUGGACUGCUGGUACUCUUUCUGUCCCACUCGCUUCCCCAACUGCUUUCGGUUUUUCUGUUUUCCUUAUGGUCUACUUUAUUCCUCAUCGCGGAGAGACUUUCUAUGUUGGCUUUUUUUGAUCUGCAACUAAUCGUAAUUUCAGUGUCUUUUUUGCUGUUGUUGUCUUCGCCGUUGUUGUGUUGUGAUCGAGUCCUCGGUGGAUUUUCUUAUGUAUUGUUCAACAUCUCUUUAUUUCGUCAUUUUUCCCUCUCAUGUCACGAAUAGAUACGAACAAGAAACGAAUGAUGCAAUUAAAUACUGUUCUCGAAAGC